UUAAUUAUAAUUUUUACUGUUAGCUUAUUUAUACCAUUAAUUAAUAAAUAUUUUUUUUUUUUUAUUAAAUCAUUGGAUAAGAAGUAUAAUGUUAUUAGUAAUAUAAGUACAAGAGCGUGUAGAUUAUUAGGAAAAUGUAAAAAGGAUCGACAUCCAGAUAUGGUACAUUCAAAAGAAAAUAUGUCAAAUAAUAUGGUGAACGAGAAAAAAAAAUUAUAUGUUAAUGAAAAUUGGGAUAAAAGCAAAAAUGCUCAAAAUAAUAAGGCACGAUACUUUACAGAAGUUAUAGAUUAUAAUAAUGGAAUAUUUGAUGGAAAGCAUUUCCAUUUUGAAAAAAAAAAAUGUUAUGAUCAUUUUGUAGAAAAAAACAGGAUGUUUCGAGAUAUAACUUUAAAAGAAAAAAAAUUUAGAAGAUACGGAUUUGGAAUUGCUAUUUUGUUGUUAGAAAUAGGAUUAUCCAUAUUGCGGACGUGUGAGUUACAGGUUUAUUUGAAGGAAAUGAACCAUUUAAAAAAUGUUGGGUUGUCCGAUAAUCUAAAACAAACAUUAUCAGAAGGAUAUAUUUACCUAAUUAUAUUUGGUAUACUUAUAACUAUAUUAGCAGUUAUACUUGUAAUAAAAGCUCAUAAGAUCUUAAUAAAUAAUGAAAAAUAUAAUAAAAUUAAGAUAGAGACUAUGUAA